GAAUACUGCGCUCUGAUUGGUCCGGGCGCACAACUCGUAAUGUUCAGCGCUCCCAUAUAAACCCAGGCAGACUUGUCAUCGGCAUCUGUCAUGCAAGUCAAAAGGACAGCGAGGAGUCCACCAACGUAGAGAAGAUUAGCUGGCAGCCCACUUGCAAUAUAGCCUCCGUCUUCUCUCUGGCUUCGGCGCCGCGAGAAGCUUCUUUUUUUUUUUUUUGGAGCGUCGUUCUCAUGAAUUGCACACGGAGCGGGAGGCGUCCCUGCGCGUUCACUUGUCUCGUCCGCGCUGAGAGGACGAUGCCUCUGAGGACCGGACUUUUCCUCCUGAUGCUGCUGCACGCAGCCGCGUACGAACUGGACCAGAACGAGUCGUACUCGCCCCGCAGAGCACGCUUCUCGGCCAACAGCCCCUCAGAUGUGGCACGCUGUCUCAACAGUGCCCUCCAAGUUGGCUGCGGAGCCUUCGCCUGCCUGGAAAACUCAACUUGUGACACAGAUGGCAUGCAUGACAUCUGCAAGUCCUUCUUAUACAGUGCUGCUAAAUUUGACACUCAGGGUAAAGCAUUUGUGAAGGAGAGCCUUAAGUGCAUUGCCAAUGGCAUCACCUCGAAGGCAUUCCCCACCAUCCGCCGCUGCUCCACCUUCCAAAGAAUGAUAUCUGAGGUCCAAGAGGAAUGUUACAGCAAGCUGGAUAUCUGCACUGUUGCCCGAUCUAAUCCAGAUGCUAUUGGUGAAGUGGCACAGCUGCCAAGUCAUUUCCCCAAUAGGUUUUACGGUAAGCUGCUUCAAAGCCUGAUGGACUGUGAUGAGGACACGGUGGAGCGCGUUAGGACCAGCAUGGUGUCGCGGCUGGGCCCAGAGAUGACCAUGCUUAUUCAGCUGCUGCAGAACAAGCCCUGCCCAUCCACUGCUGCGGCUGCAGCUGCCGCCAUCCCAACUGGAGUGGAGGGCCGUGGGAGCUGGCGCUGGUCCAUGGGUCCCCAUAUGUACAAGAUCCAGCCUAAUCUGCGAAACAGAGACUCUGCCAGUCAUUUUGGCAAAAAGCGCUCUGUCGGUGACAGCUCUUAACUCCUGCUCAGUUACAAAAAAAAAACAAAAAAAAACAUCCACACACCCCUCAAAACAUCACGAAAGAUCCUG